UCUUCUCCCUCUGCCUUGCUGAAGAGAGGAAUGAGAGAGCAGCUGGGUGGGUGCUGGCAGACAGCUAAGGAAAAGCUACCACUGCUAUAAAGAAAAUAUUCUCUCAUCUCACCCUAAAUCUCAGACAUAUUCCACAGAGAGGUGUGGCUGGGGGAUCAGCUCCUCCGAGGUGCCUCCUCUUGGUGGUGGUGCAGGAGACAGGCUGGGAAAUGGAGCUCAGAUCACUCUUACAGUGCGGGAGGUGUGUGCUGGGCCCAGAUCUGCUCAGCUAACCUGUUGAUUUGUGAACUUUCCUCCUCCUCAGGGGAGAGAACCAGCUCCCAGCCGUUCAUGUCUAGGUUUCAGCGCCGUCACGGCCUCCAUCAGCUGCCCCGUGGCCAAUAGGCUCUCUCUGUUCUGCACGCUCGCUGCCAUGCAUCGCCUUCCGCUCGGGUCCAUCCCUGUUCACACCCAGAGCUGAAAUCACGUGCCUGUGGAAAAUCACCAUCAGCCUCGAGAAGCCGGCCGGAUAUCAGCAGAACCUGGACUGGAGAGGAGGAGACAUCAAGGCCAGCCGAACAUCUGCUCACUGAACACCAGCUUGGUUCCUCUCCUGUCUCAGCCGCAGUUGGGUGAGAUCAAUUACGGCAGGUGACGAACACAAGGCUGAGAGAAACACAAGAAACACAGAGGCUGAGAGAAAAGAGGAUAAGAUCCCUUGGCAGUGACAGCGUUCCCAGCCCUGCUCUCCGCGGACGGGGGGAGCGCUCCCACAGCGAUGGAGCCGUGCGGCACAGCCGUGAGCUGCACCCCUGCUGCCUUCUUGCUUCUGCAUCUGGGUGUGAUCUCCACUAUGGCUCACCAAAAUGAACUCCAGACUGGGCUCGCAGGAGGGGAGGUGACCCUGAACUGCACAGGCAUACAGCCUGACUCAAAAUUAUCUCAGGACACCGUGAGCUGGAAGUAUUUUGAUACUCUUCUAUGUCGUAUGGAAAAUAAUAAUAUUUGGAGAACACAAGCUUUCACGGCUGGUGGAUUUGCCAUCAAGAUGCCGUAUAAACAGCUGCAGGUGCAGAAUUUGAAGCUCUCGGACGCUGGCGUCUACACCUGUGAAUAUGGCUCUCGCAAAGUCAGCACCACACUGCAUGUCUUUAAACUGACAAUCUCUUUGGAUGGGUAUUUUCUGAAAAACGAAGCCCCUGAGCUGAUUUUGAUGCAAAAUUCAUCCAGUCCUCUGCCCGAUCUCAGCAUCACAUUGUUUGACAGUAACAAUAACAGAGUAACACCAGAAGUGACAAACAAGAGCCGUCAAAAAUACAUACUGAGUUUAAAGAAACUGGAGGCUCUGGACAGCGGGACCUGGGUGUGUCAGGUCCAUUCAGACUCUCCACUGAUUAAUCGGAACAUCUCCUUUGCUGUGAAGGUAUUAGGUUUUCAGAAUCCAGAUUUGGAAAGAAAGUAUGCAACUGUUAAUAGCACUGUCAUCUUGUCAUGGCAUCUGAACUCUCAGAAGAUAAAAUGGAAAGAAGGUUUCACAGGACAGCUGAAUUGGAAACAACAGGAAGGUGCAAAAGCUCAUGAGCUGCUUGAUUUCAAUGUCACAGCACAAGGACAGCUGCACGAGACCAAAAAAAGCAGCAACUUUCUGUUUGAAAUAUCUGAAAGAAAACGUGAAAGUACCAUAGAAGUGAAGCUCCCCAAAGUCCAUUUCAACCAGUCUGGCCAGUACCAGUGCCAGCUGUUGUACCAAGGAAGACACGUACAGAGCAAGAUAGAACUGGUGGUGAUGAAAGUCUCAGCUAACCCUGUUGGGCCACUCUCCAGAGGAGCCAAUAUGACCCUGACCUGCCAGGUCUCUGGACCGCUCCCACCCAAUGCCUACUUGCGCUGGGAACGUGUGAAUGGGACUAAGAUGGACAUUAGGAACUCGAAGCAGAAUGAAGUAAAGCUGGAAGUGAACAUCAGUGCUGCAGGGCUGUGGAGCUGCCACCUCAUCGAAAACAGUGACAGAAAGAUCAGCCUUCAUUACCAUGUGGAGGAAGCUCCUGUUUGGAUUAACUACAUGAUAAUUGGAGCAAGCGCUGGAGGCAGUUUAUUGGCGUUUGCCCUUGGGUGCCUGUGCAUCAUCAGUGGCAGCAGGUGGCACCGGAGAAGGCAACGGGCUAAAAGGAUGUUACAAGCAAGACAAUACCUGCUGGAAAACAAGACGUGUCAGUGUCAACACCGGCUGAAAAAGUAAUACUGCACCACUGACAUCACAAGGACUGAUGAAGUCUCUGCCUGUACCUAAACACCUGGCAGCCCACCAUGCUCUGUGAAUGCAUCUCCCUUUCUCCUGUUUUAAUGUAAUUCUUUAUUCCUCCAUCAUUCCCCCAGUCUAAUGCCAUGGAGGGAGGUUGUCUGGCUAGGAGCCAAUGGACAAGACAAGAAACCCUGAGGGGUUAUGAUUGAUCCCCAGUUCUAUAAUGAGAGAUGCUGAACAGAAGAUAGAUAUACAUAUAUAUACACACACAUAUAUAAUAUGCUUGUAUUUUGUUCGUGCACUGAAUUUGACCUUCCUGUGGAACUAAUUUUAUGCGCUUCUUUUAUCUGCCUGAGAGACAAUAAAUUACUUUGGGG